AUGCCAUAUCUAGUCCAGCCACCCGCGCAAUCCAUCGAAGCUUGCGACCCGCUGUUCACCUACGUGCUUGACGACCCUGUCCCCUCCGAAAUACGUAUACUCAAGGGUCUUAAGGAACUGGGCUGGGAAGUCUCCGUGCAUUUCCACGAUGAUGCGGUUUAUCUAAAUGCCACGAAAGAGAUCGGAAAGGCGAUAAAAACGAUACGACGCAGGACGCAGAUGAUACAUGGGGAUAUGGUUGGGGACAGUCCCAGGUUGACUCUCGAGGAAAUGUGGCAGAGGGAGAUGACCAGCAAGUCGGAACAAGAACUCUACACUAACAAAGAGAAGGAGGAAGUCAACGAUGCAGCAAGCAUGAUGUCGCGGAUGACGGAACAAAGAGCUUGGGUGCGUUGGGCUGAUGAGGAGGCUGGGUUGGAGCCGGAGAGCCCUAACGUAGUGCAAGCCACCGAUAAACAGUCCUACCUGUCGCACGCUCUGAGUUUAGAAGACUACGAGGACUCAGUCAUCGACGUUCACGAAUGGCCUGCUGGCAGCCCCAUCGGGCUUAUGGGUAUGUCCGGAUACUGGUGUCCGCCCGUUUUUCAUGCCCGGUCGCAAAAGAACUCUCGAUCUCAAUCCAUCGCACCAAGCACUGUGCUUCCAUCACGAGACUCGAAAGAGACUCGGAAGCUCAAGAAGAAGGUUAUCCGCCGUGACUCAGAACCCUCGUUGGGAAAGUAUCUGCCACUUGGGUUUGUCAGGCCCCUGUCUUGGGUGAAAGGAAAGCGAAGCGCGAAUGAAGGGGCCAGUACAGAUGCAACCGCACCAGAUGAGCAACAAACCACCGCUCGUCUUAUCUUCCCUGGCUGUGAGAUAACCCCAGAAGCCUACUUUCAGCGCACGAACCGACCCCGGAAGAAUCUACAGCCGCGCCAGCUUACACCACCACCAGGACUAGAGAACGAUCCCUACAUGUGGCAAGUGUGGGACCGCGGCCGUAAAAGGCAGCAAGAUAAGACUGAUCGUGUGCUGGGCAAAGACAGCAUACAUAGAUCAGAUAGUGGCAAUGCUAGUUGGUAUGAUGGGUUCCAGAAGAUGAUGAAGGAGAAGGAAGCAAAGGUGGCCAAGGAAGAGAAGAAGGCCGAGAAGAAGGCGAGGAAGCAGAGGGAGAAAGAGGAGAAGGAAGAGCGGAUACGCAAGGAGAAUAGGGAGAAGGAAGAGCGGAUACGCAGAGAGAAUGAGGUGAGGGAGGCUUUGAGGAAAAAGGGUGAUUUCGCAGACAUCCUACGAGACCUGAUCAUAACAACGGACGGCCAAGCCGAGGAGCCGUACUCCUAUCACGAAUGGGGCUACACCAUCUACCGCACAUGCUACACGCCAGAAUCUCAAUCGCAAUGGGAAUCCCUAAUCGAAGCCAUCCAGCGAGGCGUCGAAAAAUCCCUCCCUGAGUCGCAAAACGAUGAGCCACCGACAACAUCUCAACUCCUACGCUCCCUCCUACGUCUAGACUUCCGUUCCGAUGCUUCUCUGUACGAUGGUCUUACUAUCGACCAGCUUCGCCAGACGUAUGUCAAUCCACCAGAAGAUUCUGUGCCCUCACCGAACUUCUACAAAAGCGAGCGUGUCUUCCUUGUCGCUGACGCGGACGUUUUGAUGGAUCCUUGCUUUCUACCGGAAGAGAAUGAGACAACGAACGUACCCGUUGACAACAACACAAGCGACGUUGCAACCACGCAGAGUGUGCAGAGAUAUCACUAUCAACACCACGGCCACAGCAAGUCCUCUAGUACCAAGCGGCGAUGGCUUAAGUGUGUCGAGGUGGACUACGUUGCUGCGGAUCAUCAUCCAAGAAGAAGAGGUCAGGGCCCACGGCCGUAUUUUGGCUGGUUCAUGAUGACGGCGGAAAGCGUGGUGGAGCUGUGGGAGGUGUUGCUUGAUCAGGAUGUCGAGGAGGUUAAACCUAGGUUGGUUGAUGUGAUGAUUUGGGGAGGGUAUUGA